AUGAACUCGACCAGCACCGACGGCGGCAUCCUGACCUUCACGCCCAACAACAUCGACGAUUCGUACAUAUACGAACAAUUCGCCUGCCUCGAAAGCAUCGCGCAAGGCUAUGACUCGCUCUCCUUCAACAUCAAGGGGCCCGAGGCAGCCUCCGUCUCCAUCGAGCUGCAGACGGUAUCCGACUGCGCCUCGGAGGAGUACCAGAGCUUCUACUACACCCUAGACGGUCUAAGCGGGUCUCUGCAGACCAUCAACAUCCCGCUGAACAGUUGGGUCGACGCCAACUUAGACGGCAUCGUCGGCGUGCUAUGGUACGGGUUUUCGGCUGGCCUGACGGGCACCGACAACGAAUGGCAGUUAGAUAAUGUGCAGUUCCUGUGUGCGGACGUCGCGCCUCCCGAGGACCCCGAACCUCCUGAGUCUACGUCGGCGCCGGCUGGACCAGGUGUCACUGUCACGGUCACUGUGACCGUGCCCGCAGACGAUGAUAGCAUCACGAGAAUACCGUUACCUCCGACAGCCCCCGGCAGCUCUGUCUGGCCGACAGAAGACCCUCCGUGGUGGGAAGACGACCCAUGGGAUGGGUGGUCCGCAAGCUCGACCCUGCCGGCCGCAGUUCCUGCUACCCCGACACCGACGGCGGAACCCAGGACAGACAGGAACCAGCUCGUAGCGCGACAGGACGAGUGCAGCAACCUCCUCAUCGAUGACUGGGUAUCUCAGUCGCGCCUAACCUUCCUUUACUACAACGCGCUGCUGCAGUCGACCAGCGACGACGAAACCAUGAAGUCCAUCGUGGUCAAGAACAACAGGGUGACUAUUACGCCUACGGAUACUGACUCGUACUUCUACACGCAACUCGGCUGCAUCAAUGCGGAACAGUACGGAGGCGUCUCGCUCCGCAUCUCCGCACCUGCCGGCAGCACAUUCGACGUGCAGCUAUCAUCGACUAAGGGAACAUGCGGCACCGAGCGGACCAACGACGUUACCCUAAGCACAAAACAGCUCGGCUGGACAUUCGAUGGAACGGAGCAGUUGUACUCGAUUCCUUUCUCCAAGUACGACGGUCUCGAUUUGACCAAGUUCGAAAUGGUGUUCAUCACGAACCUGAGGAAGGCCGUGACUUUCGGACCGAUGAGCCUGUACUGCGGCGAGGAGGUCGUCGAGUACAUACCCCCUUCCGUCGUCGAACCAUCCGAACCAAGCGAGACCGUGCCCGCGCCGGUAGGCAAAGCGACUAACCUCGUGAUCGACACCUUCUCCAACGAGGACACGAACGCCUUGAAGCAAUGGCACGGAGCGGACGAAGGCAUGACGUUGACUUUCCGUAAGAAUACGAUGACGCUGAAGACCAACGACUCGGACUUAAUAGACUUGACCGAGUUCGACGGGUCCUACCUGCACGUCGCGUACACCGGAAGCAACCUCUUCACCGUCUCCCUACAACAACACAACGAGAAGUGCGAUAACGACAUCUACCCCUACCCGGAGACGUGGGACUCGCUUGAGGCGCAGCGGUACGCCAGCGACACCGAUAUCUACAUCCCGCUCGACCACUUCAACGUGAACCGGUCGCGGUCCAUCGGCUUCGCCUUCAAGGGCUUCUACAGCACGGACCCGACAGUCUUCUCCAAGAUCGAGAUCGUGAGCUCCGUGCCCGACGGCUUCACCAUCCCAGAAAAACUACCCUCGGGCACCUUCGUCUUCUCGUGCAAGCGGCCCAACUCCUUCGCCUUCGCCAUCGACGACGGGGAACCGGCCUUCGCGCAGCAGGUCAUGAAGACGAUCGACGACGCCGGCAUCACCGUCACCUUCUUCACCGUCGGCGCGCCGCUGCGCGACCCCACCACGAACCUGAGCGCCAUAUACAACGAGAUGGCGGCCAAGGGCCACCAGAUCGCCCUGCACAGCUACACGCACCCACCGCUCGAGGGCCUGCCCGACGAGGCCUCGAUAGACUGGGAGUACAGCAACGACAUCGAGGCCGUGAAGGAGACCUUCGACGGGCUGACGCCCAAGUACUUCCGCCCGCCGUUCGGCACCGAGGGCGCGCGCAUGCGUCAGCGGCUCGCCGCGCUGAUCGAGGAGCCGUAUAUCGUGCAGUGGAGCGUCGACGUCGAGGACUGGCUGUGGGCCGAGUCCGACACGCCGGAGAAGCAGCUCGAGGCCUUCAAGCGUGACGUCGCGGCCGGAGGCGACAUCGUGGUCAUGCACUACUUGUACAACAGCACGGUGUCUUACCUGAAGGAGUUCAUCGAGAUAGCUAAGGCUACGGGUAAGCAGUUGAUGCGUGUGGAUCAGUGCAUGAUGGAUCCCAACGCGCCGCCGCUACCGGGCGAGGAGCCAGAAGAACCGGGUGAGGGCGUUCCGGAAAAGGGAGACUAG